AUUGUAAGCUGACUGGUACAGUUCCCUUCUGUUUCCAUUCAGAAAAGGGUUGGCCAAACAUCUCAGAUGGGACUCCCAGAUGGGUCUCUUGCAGGUGACAGGAAAUGUCCAUUUAGGACACGAGGCUGGUUGUGGAUCUGAAUGGUGGUGGGUUUAGUGAGAGGACCGACGGCCUCCUUCCCAGCUCUCCCUGCCGCACUGUGGGGCUAACGAGCUGGCCUGUGGCCUUGUAAGAGCCCAGAGGCUGCCGUGUCGGCUGAGAGCUCAGGCCAGGCCAACAUUGUCUUUACCACCACUUUUUGGAUGCAAAGGCUUUAAAGAAAAUAAUGAUCUUGUACCAAAGAAUGCUCUGUGGAAAGAAAGCUGCAUAUUUACCCCAAAAGAUAGUUGAAAUAGUUAAAACUGCAGCAUCAAAUAAUUUUAAUGCCUAAGUAGAUAUGAACCCAAAGGAGCCGAGAACCAAAUGGAGAUUAGGAGUGGACUACGUGGUUUUACAAUGUGACCUUUAGUAUUGUUGCUGCCAGAACUCUUUUAUAAAAGUUGAAGUAAGACCCUCUUCAGCUCCAAAGACUUCAAGUGUAAUUUUGUUUUCCUUCAGCAGUUCUAUUAACAGAAAGAAUAUUUCUGAAUGUUCAUUUAUACUGAUUGAAGAAAAGGAAACUCAUUUGCCAAAGAUGGAUUGAGAGGCCUUGUUUGGUCAAAGCUGAGCCUGCCACACCACCAAAGGAUGUCUACUCGGGUGGGCAGCUUGCUGAGUUUUGUAGCAAUACAUUCCAAGGGCCGCUGUGCUGAGGGGGGGGGGCUUCUGCAAAUACUUAUUUGACAUUUGAUAUUGACAUUUUUGGACCUCUUCUGGGGAUAGUGAGGCAGUGCCGGGGCAUUCUAGUUUUGGCAGUUGGCAGCUGAAGGAAUGCCCCUCCCUUGAGCCCUUUGGAAGAGCCCUCGGGAUGGAGGAGCCUGCCCUCACUCAGAGGUGGGGGCGGAACAGAGGAAUCCUGGUCCAGGAAGGUGCCCUGAUGGCCUCCUUGGGUGUUUCUGCUUCUCCUAUAGAGGGUCCUUUUCUCCCAAGUUGCCAGAAUGCCAGCUCAAGAGAGGGAGAGGGAUUUGCAAGUUGGAAAUAGUUUGUGUCCAAGGUUGCAGCAAAUGAAGAAAACCAAAGAUAUUUAAGGCUAUCUUGGUGUAGAGGCCUGUGCUAGGUAGGUAGGUGAGCUUUCUGUACUUUUGUUUUUUUUGCUUUGAAUUGGCAUUAUCUUUUCAGGUGACCCCCCCAUCUUUAUCCAGAGAGAGGGGAUGAAUGAUCUUUCCUUCAUCUUCGGGCAAACCUGGGUUAGCGUGGGGUAGGGGUUGAGGGUGACUCUCGCCAGAAGGAACCUUUGGAUGCUUCCUAGCAAAAUGGCUGCUUUUCUUCCAUCUUCUUUUGAAUCCCCAUCAGUUCCUCUGGGACAUCCAAGAAAGCAUUUAGAAACAUGAUUUGAAUUCCAGCAAAAAACCUCCCCAGUGCAUAGGAUGAGCUUGUGCCAUCAGCAACCUGGACAGGUAGAAUAGUUGGUUCACGUGGAAACACCUGUAACUAGGUCCUCCAUCCUGAAGGAGCAAAAAAACGCUCCUUGAGUUCUGCUUCUCCUGUAGAGGGUCCUUUUCUCCCGAGUUGCCAGAGUGCCACUUUUCCAAAUAUCAGUGCAGGGCAUAUUGUCCAUGCAGUGCCAAGCAAAGAGUCAGGUCAGGUGCACAAGGUGUCUGUAUAUGCAGUUUGCAGGCAGUUGAAUGUGACUCUUCCCCCUUCCCCAGGCAGCUGGGCGACCUCCUGACCUGUAUUCAGGGACACAGCUGAGUUGUGUGGAUUCAGCCACAAUGACCUGCAAGCAUUGUCAUUUGCGAACCUCGCCAGUCAUGGCAGGUUCAGCAAACCUUGUUUCCAUUCGUUUGGGAGACCCUUAUAUCCCAGGUUUCAGGUUUAAGAUGCCUGUCUUAAUUUUGUUCUGAACACUGUCCUGAAAGUAUUCAUCUGUUUAAAAAGAGGUUUAUGUUUUUCCAUCUCAUCCUCGGGGUGCUUCAGAACCCUAGCUGGCGUCGUCACCGCAAGAUUUGCUUUGUGUAACAUUUCUUUGGGCACAUCUGUUUUGCUGCUGUUUUUACCCUUCUUGUUCUGAAGCACCACCCCACCCCAAAAGCAGGGCAGUGAAGCCUCAGGAAAAGGGGCUUGCACACCUUGGCUGCCUUGCCUUGAUCUCAAAAAUGGAUGGCAACACCACCCAACUCUCACUUGCACCUUGGGGUAAUUCACCGAAUUCACUUUCCAUCAGUUUGGAAGAGCAACUAAAACCAGAGCAGGAGGGAAAUGUUGUCUCUGAAGUAUCUGAAAUCAAUCACAUCCAGGUUCAGUUGCGCAUUGGAGCAAGUGUGAACCUCAUUACUGGGGUGUACUUUGCUGACUCCUGACUUCUUUUGGGCAACUUGGCACAUGGAACUUCCACCCUCCCCAGGUGGGAAUUACCCCCUCCCCCCAGGGGAAAGCCAUCUCAAUCAACCCACCACCUGCUGCAUCAAGCCUGGCACUUUGGUAAAUGGCUGUUUAAAACACUUCCCUAUAUUCUUGAGGAUGUGAAUGAAUUGCCAGUGUGGGAGUCCAGCGAGGCUUUUUGGCCGAGGGUGUUCUGGCUCCUGCCACUCUUGCUGUUUUCUUGAAGGGCCGUCAACUGCUGGCUGGCCAAUGGGGGAAACGAGCUGAAUUGUAUUAAUUUUAUAUUUGACUCAGGGGAUCAGCUCUGUGAACUCUGUUGUGUGAGGACAGUUGGUGAUGGUCUGAUAAUGAAUGUACUUUUUAAUAUGUCUUUUUAAAACAUUUUGCUUAUGUGCUUUUUUUUUUUAAACCUUUUGAUAGCAUAGUGAAUAUUUAACUGUGUCCUUCCUCUUUCCCCUCACUUGUUCCCAGGCUUGUCCUGAUGCUAGCACAAACGUCAUGCCAAAAAUGAGUAGAAAUUUAAAUGCCAAAAUGUUUAUGAAACUGCUGUCUUAUACAGAUAGAUUGCACAGUUGAAAUAAAAGUUUCCUGUAGUAAUUGGCGGCCUGUUUCCCUUUGAGGGCUCCAUUCUUCUUUUCCCAACUCUUCCGCGGCGCACAUAGCGGCGGGACCCCGGGGACGGGAGGGCGCGGGAAACGAGCAAUAAGGACAGAACCUACGCAUCGCGGGAGGGGGGGGCACGCGCCGGGACGCCACCAACCCCCAAUUCCGGCCCACUGCCGAUAAGUGCCUCACUCGUAAGCAGCCUUCCGAAGCAGUGGGCGGGCAGGGGCUCUCUCGGAGUCCGCAGGCAACGGAGCGCGGGUGGGAAGCUCGAGAGAUGCGGCGCUGUCCUACCGGGACCACCCCCGAGGCUCCAAGCGGCCCGGCCGGCUGAGCAGCAGCUCCUGGCAGGGGCGGCGCGAGAGGAGGGGUCCGCCCCGCCGGCGGAGGGGCCGGGCUGCGCAUCGCGGUCGCCGGGUCGGUGGCUGCCUGGGUGCUGCGCCUGCCCGGCGGGGCGGGCCACCAUGCUGCGCCGGCAAUGUCCGCGGAACACGAGAAGGAGCCCGGCGCGGCGCUCAAGAGGCCUCGAGGGGUGGACGGCGGCGUGGAGGGCUUGGCGGGCGCUGGGCUGCAGCUGGGCAGCCCCGACAAGAAGCGCAAGGGCGGCGCGCAGGGCACCCCCUUCCCUGCGCCUGCCUCCGAGUACGCCCCGCCGCCCAACCCGAGCGCCGAGCACUUGAUCGCUGUCAACCCCUUCGACGACAGCUACGCCGCCGCCGUCGCCUACAAGCCCGCGAGUGGCCCCUACUUCGCCGGCCCCGCGUAUUCCGGCUUCGGGGGCUACAACGCCUUUAGGAUGCCGCCUCAUGUACUGCCCAGACUGGCGUCCCCGUACGGGGCGCCCGCCUUCCCCCUCCGCCACCGGCCGUCCCCCUUCGGCCAGAGCCCGGCAGGAGCCGCCUUCAGCAGGGCUCCAGCCGUGACCUUCGGGUCGCCAGAGAACGUGGCGGGCUUCGGCUACCAGCCCUCCUACAGCGCCAGCCAAGCCCUGACUGGGCCCGGCCUGCCCUUCCGGCCCAACCCCGGUGAAAACUUUGGUCACAUACCCUCGCAGAAUGCAGGCCCCAUGCCUCCAUCUGCCAGGCAUUUGGGGCCGGGCCCCAACCCUGCCUUUGGCAGCUCCCUGACGGAGCCCAACCACUCUUAUGCUCUGGGGCUGAACAGCUACAAUCAGGAAAAAGCUUUCCCAAAACUGGGGGUCAGCAAGCAUCAGCCUCCGCCCCAGCAGCACCACCCCACCUCGCAGGGAGCAGAGGGUCUGCUGAGCUCAGGAAGCACAGAUGUAAAGGCCAGCCGGCACCAGCACCUCCCAGUGGGCACCCCAGAGGGGGUCCUGCCGAAGCACAUGGAAAAUCUGAACAGUGCCCAUGUGAAUGGGACCCCUGCUAAACCCCGCCUGCCCCAUGGAGGUCCUGAGGGAAGCAGCUCAGAGAAGGGUGGUGGGGGCGAUGGCGGCAGUAAAAUCCUGCUGCACCCCCCCCAGCACGACCACCUGCUCUCUGAGCCAGUUUACCCAUGUGGGAUUUGUACCCACGAGGUGAAUGAUGAUCAGGACGCCAUCCUCUGUGAAGUCUCCUGUCAGAAAUGGUUUCAUCGGAUCUGUACAGGCAUGACGGAAUCAGCAUAUGGCCUGCUGACCGCAGAGGCUUCGGCAGUCUGGGGCUGCGAUACUUGCAUGACAGACAAGGACAUUCAACUGAUACGCACCAGGGAGGUGGUGGGACCACCAGCCCUGAACACUGACGUCUGAACAACCCCCCCCCCCCCCGUGGUUUGUGAAACUCCAUCUUUCCACACAUUUUGUUAUAUGCCCAAGUGCAUUAAGUUUUCAUCAGAAGAACUUGAGGUGCUUUCUUCCUGACAGUGAGGUUUAGGCCUACAAAAGGGCUGCUUUUGUAAAACUCUUCAGUCUGCAGAUGGAAUGUAGUGGAGGAACCAUAAUGUCACACAAUAUAUUUUCAGUACCUGCCACUAUCUUAACUCUGUUUCUGCGGUUUCUCCAGUUGAAAAAAAAAAAAGCAGUUCUAGGGAACAACUGGGAAAUGAUUUGUAUGUGAGCUGGAAUUUAUCUAAUGAGGGUAACCCAGCUAGUAUUUUUGAAUUCUACUGCUAUUUUUAUAGUGCUUAUAUUUUAUAGUGCUUAUUUCUGAUCACAUUAGCAUUAUGUGCAGUCUCUCUCUCUCUCUCUCUCUCUCUCUCUCUCACACACACACACACACACACACACACACACACCCUGGCAGGUAAUAAUUGAGUGUGAGUUACCAUGGCUACCAGCCAUGGUAACCAGGUAACCAGGGGGUACCAGCAUGAUUGCGGAGUUUUAUCCUGGAGAUUAAGAUUAGGAGAGGCAACCCCACAGAAGCUUCUUGAGAGGAAUAGCAGCAACCAAAUGGCCACCAUCUGUGGGAGACUGGCUGCAUCAGCCCAGUGGCCAUUUUUUGGAAACCAUCUUGAGCAUUUGGAGGGGACUUGGAUUCUCAGCUGCUUGCCUAAGGAAAAGUUGGUGGAAAACUGACACACCAUGUCAAUUCCUUUGUGCAUAAGUUGGAUGGGAACAUUCAUACUGUUUCCCUCCUUGAGGGAAUCUGGUUGGCCAUCCCAGGCAGUGGGGAAGUUUCCCAGGUAGCAAGCUGUGCAGAUGAAUCCAAUUCUAAUAUCUCCAUUUAGCAAAUGGCAAGAUGCCCAUGACUGAAGAUCAAUCCAACAAUAAACAUGAAUGAACAAAUGAACACUACACUAAAUAUUUGUUUUCCUUUAGUUUGUCUUGGAGAUAAAUCAGAAUGGAUCUGUAUCUCUGGGCUGGAAACAAUUGGAGCAAAAAUAAUUUGGGCUACUUAAGCCAGAAGUAAGUGAUGGAAGUCAACUUAGAAAUCUAGUAGGUAUCUCAAGAGAUUUUCUUUUGUAAUUGAUUGUAGCUUCCAUGCUCCUGGAAUUUGGAGGACAAACACUCCCUCUUGUGACUAGUUCUCCCCCAUUCCUGGUUCAGGUGUCUGUGUAGCUUUAAAACACCUGGCCAUCUAUUACCUGGUCCAAAGUAGAGUCUCAGAGCAGGCAGGAGUUUUGCUGCUGCUGCUGAUUCUACAGAUCUGGCCCUGUGCUGCCCCCAACACAGAAGCCACCCAAGUUGAGAGGAAAGUACACAACUUGUGAACCCCUUUCCCUUUUUCCCAUCUGUCUGUGCCCUAAUUAUGUGUGGAAUAACACUUCACACGUUUACAAAUUAUGGGGAUGUUUAAAUACCCUUAAUGUGGGACUUUAGUCCUGAGUUAUUUUUAAAAAAUAAAAUCAGUGACUUUUCAUUUUAUUUUUAAUAGGAAUUUUGCUAUCCUUCAUGCUUAAAUGUGUACCUUGUUAUAUAUAAUAGAGCCUUGCUUGCUAGUAAUGUGUAACAUACAUACUUGGCAAUGUGUCUUUUCGGUUGAAUGUGAUUUAAUUACUGUUUCAUAUUAAAACUUGUCUUAUGUAUGCUUACCUAUACCUGUUUUGGGGAUAUCAGUUGAGUAAUUUUUAUACAAUCUCAAAUGCGUUCCACAUUGGUGACAUUUAUUUUUGCAGCAACUUUUAAAAUAAAGAACAUGUCUGAAAUAACACAUGCAAUAGGACUGUGACGCGUGGCAAAGUUGAUGUAUGUAAUUCAAAUUGGAAUCGAGUUCCCAGACUUUGUCCGUUAUUGUUCCCUUAGUACGAAAUGAAAUUACUAUGUAAUACAAAUAAUUUCAUAUCAUGGUGCCUGUGUGAACUACUCUAUAAAGUAUAGGAAUGACGUUUCUGUUUCUAUGUUGAUGGAUGGCGAGCUGAGCGGACCUCACGCCAAUGAUUAAACCGGUUUUUGAUGUA